AUUUUAUUGGCCAAUUCAGCAGAUCUUCUAACAUGCGAUACAACUAUAUACCGCAUGCUUUCAAAACAAAUAAAAGCAUUAAAUCACAACAUCUUUCAUUUACCUCAAUUAACUCAAUAAACAUAUCAGCUGCUUCAGAAUCUGAGUUGAUCGAAUUAAUGAAUUCUAUAAUAGCAUUUGAGAAUUGUGAAAACAUAGAAGCUAAUUAUAUAAAUUCAAAAGACAUUGAAAUUGAUAACUCCUCAAAUAGCAUAAGAGUGAAUACAAGUGAUAUGGAUAUAAUCAAAGAUAGUAAAAUCAAUAAAACAUAUAUGCCAGAAACAAAUA